AUGUCAAAACACUGCCAAAUUGUGAGCCUCUACGUGGGUCAAGUGUUGUCCCUUGGAGAUACCACUUCAAUACAGGUAAAGAGGUUUGACGAGAGACAAAUGCCGGGCUUAAGUAGUAACCCCAUUGCAGUCACGUUUUCUUACACCACAGCGUUCUGGUCAUGGGAGGACUGGGAGAUGGAAUUAGAUUGGCUCGCCUUGAGAGGGCACGAGAAGAUCUUGUUGGAGGUGUUUAGGGACAUUGGAUUGUCCCAAUCAGAGGUCCUCAAUUUCUUCAGCGGCCCAGCGUUCCAAGCAUGGAACCGAUUCGGCAACAUUCAGAGCUCCUGGACUGGCCAACUUCUACUUUCAUGGAUCGAUGACCAAUUCGAAUUACAGAAACAGAUUUUGCAACGCAUGGUCGACCUUGGGAUGACACCAGUGCUUCCGGCUUUCACCGGCUUUGUGUCCAGGACUUUCCCAGAGGUGUUCCCCAACUCGACUUUUGUCAACAUAUCUCAGUGGAACGGAUUUAGCGCUGAGUACACCAACGUUACAUUUCUGGAGCUGACCAAUCCACUCUUUGCACAACUGCAAAAGAAUUUCAUCACCAAGCAAAGGCAACAUUAUGGCAAUGUCUCCCACAUAUACACACUCGAUCAGUUCAACGAGAACGACCCCCUCUCAAGAGAUCUAGAUGACUUAAAGCGGCUCGGAAAUGCAGUCUGGCAGAGCCUCAAGGAUGCAGAUCCAAAUGCCAUCUGGAUGAUGCAAGGCUGGCUCUUCUUCUAA